AUGGCCCCUUGGACCCCAAAUCCUGCCGGUUUGCAGGAGAUCUUGCAAACUAUCCACGAAUCGACGGCAGUCAACAGCACUGCUCAGCGCAAUAUCACAGAAAAACUCAACCAAUUUACGCGCUCCCCAGAGUACAUCGCCUAUUUGGCCUACAUCCUGAGCUCUAUGCCUCAGGAGGAGGAUCGUAUACGGACAAUUGCUGGAUUUCUCCUCAAGAACAAUGCCCGAUACAUCCUCACCGCUCCCCCCGAAGUCGCAGAGUUCGUCAAGGCUGCCAUCCUGCAGGCCUUCACCGACUCGUCGAUCAUGAUUCGUAACGCGGCGAGCCAGGAUAUCGUGACGUUCCUAGGCGUCCUCGAACCCAGAAACUGGCCAGAGUGCCUUCAGCACCUCGUCAACGCGUUGGAUGACCCCGAUUUGGACAGGCAAGAGGCCGCGUUCAACGCCCUGGAGAAAGCCUGUGAAGAUUAUCCACGGAAAAUGGACAUGGAAAUCAACGGCACGCGUCCUUUGGACUAUAUGAUUCCAAAAUUCCUCCAACUCUCCGAGCACCCUUCGGCCAAAAUGCGAUCCCAUGCGGUCGCAUGUCUGUCAUACUUUGUCCCCGUCAACUGCCAAUCUCUCUUCGUCCACAUCGACGCUUUCAUCGCGUGUCUCUUCAAGCGGGCAUCAGACGACGAUCCCUCUGUGCGUCGACAUGUUUGCCAGGCUCUUGUCCUCCUCUUGGCGGCGAGGCCGGACAAGCUUAUGCCAGAGAUGGCGAACGUCGCAGAGUACAUGCUGUAUUCGACCAAGGACAAGAACGAGAACGUCGCCCUUGAAGCAUGCGAGUUCUGGCUCACAUUCGCCGAAGACCCCGACCUCGUUCCUUACCUCCAACCACUGCUCGAGAAGGUGGCACCUGUCUUGUUGGACUGCAUGGUCUACGGAGAAGAUGAUUUGCUGUGGCUCGAAGGAGAUGUCGACGACUCUCACGUCCCCGACAAGGAGUCUGAUAUCAAGCCUCGACACUACGGUGGCAAGGCCCAUACAUUCGAACGCGAUCCCAACGGCGAUCCCAACGAAGCACCCAAGCAACGCAUUGGCGCAUACGGCGAAGAGACCAUCGACUCGGACGAAGAAGACGAUUACGACUUUGAUGAUGAUGACUUUGCGGACGAAAUGUCGACCGAAUGGAACUUGCGCAAGUGCGCUGCUGCCGCGCUGGACGUCCUCGCUGUGAGGUUUAGUGGGGAAUUGUUGCAGCACUUGCUUGGUCCCUUGAAGGAGAAGUUGUGGAGCAACGAUUGGUUGCAGAGAGAGAGUGGUAUCCUGGCUUUGGGAUGCAUCGAGGCUAUCGAACCUCAUCUUCCAACCCUUAUUCCAUACCUAAUCAAUAUGCUUAACGACCCCAAGCCGCUCGUUCGGUCUAUCACUUGCUGGACUCUCGGCCGCUAUGCCAGUUGGUGCACACAACCCAUUUCCGAAGAACAUAAGAACAACUACUUUAUCCCGACCAUGGAAGGGUUGCUUCGCAUGGUUCUGGACAACAAUAAGCGAGUGCAAGAAGCAGGUUGCAGUGCCUUCGCCACUCUAGAAGAAGACGCCGGUCCCGAGCUGGCUCCCUACUUGGAGCCUGUAUUGCGCAACUUGGUGUUUGCGUUUGACAAGUACCAGCACAAGAACAUGCUGAUCUUGUAUGACGCGGUCGGCACUCUUGCAGAUGCCGUCGGCCGCGCUCUCGCCAACCCACUGUAUGUGGACAUCCUGAUGCCCCCUCUUACCAAGCGCUGGUCCAAGUUGGCAGAUGACGAUGAUGAUCUUAUUCCUUUGCUCGAGUGUCUUGCAUCAGUCACAAUUGCGAUGGGACCGGCAUUCCUUCCUCAUGCCGGCCCAGUGUUCGAGCGUUGCUGCAACAUCAUUCACAGCUCCCUUUUGCAAUACCAACAAUACCAACAGAACCCUGAUCUCGAUGAACCGGACAAGGCCUUCCUCGUUGUUGCCCUCGAUCUCCUCUCUGGUCUCACGCAGGGUCUCGGAAUGCAUUUGGAGAACCUCAUCAAUACCAGCAGUCCCCACUUGUUGCACCUCCUCACCGUAUGCUUGAAGCACCCUCAGGCACCCGUUCGUCAAUCAGCGUACGCCCUCGUCGGUGAUAUGGCCGUCAACUGCUUCCCCUUGUUGAAGCCGCACAUGCCUGGUAUCAUGAACGAGCUGAUCUUGCAGCUCGAUCCAGAACCCAAGUUCGAGUUCGUCAGUGCUUCGAACAACGCAGCCUGGAGUGUUGGCGAGGUCGCUUUGCGAUAUGGACGGGAUGACCCCGAGUUCCAACAAUGGGUGAACCCUCUCAUCUCCCGUUUGAUCCCCAUUUUGUUGCACCCGAAGGCACCUAGAAGUCUUCACGAGAAUGCGGCUGUUUCCAUCGGCCGAAUUGGGUUGAUGCACCCUGCACUCGUCGCUCCCCAUCUCCCCGAGUUUGCGCCUGCUUGGUGCCAGGCUCUGUACGAGAUUCGGGACAACGAAGAGAAGGACUCUGCGUUCAGAGGAUUCUGCACUCUUGUGCAGACGAACCCUGCUGGAAUUGCAAAGAGCUUGUUGUGGUUCUGCAAUUCGAUCGUCAGAUGGAACCACCCUUCUCCCGAGCUGAACAAUAUGUUCCAGACUCUUCUCCAGGGCUUCAAGAAUCACGAUCCCCAGGGAUGGGCAGCUCAGGUGGCCAUGUUCCCGCCUGCCAUUCAAGAACGAUUGAGCCAGCGAUACGGUGUUUAAAUUUCAUUUUGUGUCGAAUCCUUUCUUUCUUUUCCUGUCCCUCUCUGUUUUGCUGUGUACCAUAUUCAAUCGAUAAGUGGUUCCC